AUGUCAAGUUCAUGGUAUGACUUACUCCUAAGCAUAUAUAAUGCUACAAUUAAUAUGUAUAAAAUUAUUCCGCCAAUUCACAUUGCUUUCGGAACAUUUGGCAACGUGUUCAAUAUGAUUAUUUUCACUCGUCCAAAUCUACGCAACAAUCCAUGUUCAAUAUACUUCUUAGCCAGUUCGAUCAAUAACUUAUUUUUCAUCUAUCUGCUCACUGCUCUUCGAUAUAUUUCAUUUAUGUUGGAUUUAAAUUUCACACAAAGUAGCAAUCUGUUGUGUAAGAUAAGCAUUCUUGUUCAAUACGUCCCAUUUUCUCUUGUCAUAUGGUUUCCCGUUCUCGCCAGUAUCGAUCGAUUUCUAUCAAGCUCGCGAACAGUUCGAUUGCGUCAAUUGAGUAGCGUGUCAGUUGCGCGACGAGUCAUCAUCGGGAUUUAUAUAGUUUUUCUUUUGAUUCAUGUGCAUAUGCCAAUAUUCUAUGAGUCAGCUUGGGAUAACGAUGCCUUUGGUUGUGGAAUUAGUUCUUAUCAAUACUUUCUUUUCUUUACUUUUUUCGGGCCUAUUGUUGCUUGUCUUUUACCCAUUCUACUCAUGUGUAUCUUUGCUAUUUCAAUUGUACACAAUGUUCGUAGUACUCGUAAUCGUGUUUUUCAACAGACUGGGGUCGCACGAAAUGAACGUUUACGUUCCGAGGAUCGCCAAAUGGCUACUAUGCUUUUGUUUCAAAUACUUGUUACCAUUCUCCUUUCACUUCCUUAUGUAAGCACUAGUCUGUACUAUGCAUUCGACUUGGUCAUACUCGACAACACACUUUCGCUAUUGGGUCAAAUCAUUUUUCGAUGUGCCCAGGCCUUGGCCAUGUUUUUGUUCUAUACGAAUUCUAUUACCGGGUUUUACAUUUACACACUGACAAGUCCUAAGUUCCGUGCGGAAAUGCAACGCUGUGUUAACGAAAUUGGGUUUGGUUGA